GUCUCCCGACCGUUCCGUCUCGCGCGCGUAUUUAGGUAUUAUACCUACAACACUCGUCGCACGUACGGGCCGUUGUCGCUGCCGCCAACACUCGCGUAAUAACCGACCGAUACCCGAUAAUAUUAUAUAUUAUAAUAAAAAAUAUCAUUACAAUAUCAUACGAUAUAGCAGUAAGUAAAUAUAUAUAACAUCAGCGCAGUUCACCGCCCGCCGCAGUGAUGCUGCACGGCCGUGCCGGACCUCCCCGCACCGCCCUGCAAAGACGACGGUAGAGCCACGCCGAAGACGACUCGUUUGCGUAACAUAAAGGUACCUCCAUACACAUAAUAAUUGCAUGUUGGGACGACGACGGCGACAAUCCUAUAUAAUAAUAUGUGGCGGCUACUGUUGACGGGAACGCUGCUGCAGUUGACCGGAACAGUCGUCCAGUGCAGGAACAUCAAUCUGAUAUUGCCCAGCGUUCCGGACGUCCUACACCCCCCGGUGCCGUCCUCCCAAGCCGGAUACAUAAAAGGAGAUGUGGAUGAUCUCAUGUCCGUGGAAGACAUCGAUCCAGAGGUCAGACCGGGCUUGUUUCAAGGCGACAUGGCUAUGAAUAACGAGAUUUUCGAUUAUUGGCGGGUCGGCCUGCGAUGGGACAUUUUCCCGGAGAAACUUUGGCUUAACCGCACCGUGCCAUAUUUGAUAAGUCCGCUUUAUGAAACCGAACACCGAAUUCUGAUAUACCAAGCCAUCAGGACAAUCAAUUUUAUGACUUGCGUUAAAUUUGUACCAUGGACCGGCAAAGAAAAGGAUUAUUUACUAAUAUGGCCGGUGAAAUAUCCUUCUGGAUGUUGGUCGUAUGUGGGCCGUUACGGAGGACCGCAAGUUGUGUCUUUGCAGCCACCAGACGACACUGGAGCCAAUUGCUUAGGUACCGACGGACGACCUAUUCAUGAAUUAUUACACGCUUUAGGUGUUUUUCACGAACAAUCCAGAUCGGAUCGUGAUAAAUUUGUUAAGAUAAAUUUUGAAAACGUUAUACCACAAUAUCGUUCUAAUUUUGAUAAACAAAGUUUGAAAAACACUACAUAUCAGUUUGAAUAUGAUUACGACAGUGUCAUGCACUAUGGCAAAAACUUUUUCAGUAUUGGCAAAGGAAAGCAAACCAUUGUACCAAAGUUUGAAGGCAAAACAAUUGGUCAAAGAAAAAUGAUGAGCAAAACAGACUGCUUGAAAAUAAACGAUUUGUAUGGAUGUCUAGGGACUCCACCAAAUUACAACUAUAAAUACUAUACAUUAUGUAAUUAUAUGGGUCUUUAAGUCUUUAAUUGGCAAUUGUAUUUAGAAACCAAACAAAUAAACGUUAAAAAAAAAAUCA